AUGCCCGUGUCUACCAAGCAAGUCGCGCUCGUUGUCGGUGCCUCUCGAGGCAUUGGUCGCCAAAUUGCUAUCGACCUGGCUAAGGAUGGCUACGCAGUCAUCGUAGCCGCAAAAUCCACCUCAGACGCCUCAACUACCACCCCCUUCCCUCCCGACCCCAACUCCCCUACCUCCACCAUCUCCACCGUCGCCCGCGAAAUCCGCGAAGCAGGCGGCGAAGCAACCCCCAUCCCAGUCGAUACGCGGAACUACACCAGCAUCGAAUCCCUCGUGACCACCACGCUCUCCACCUACGGCCGCCUCGACGUACUCAUCUACAACAGCGGCGCAAUCUGGUGGUCCUCGGUAGCCAAAACCCCCAUGAAGCGAUUCCAGCUCAUGCAGCGCGUGAACGUCGAGGGGCUCUACGGCGUCGUGCAAGCGUGCCUGCCGCAUUUCCAGCAGCAAGACGGGGGGUGGCGGGGCAGAAUCGUAGUGGUUAGCCCGCCGAUUUACUCGAGGUUUUUCCGCGGCAAGACGGCGUAUGCGGUCGGGAAGGUGGGCAUGUCGGUGCUUACUAUGGGGCUUGCUAUGGAUUUUCAGCGCGAGGACAAGACGGGCAUGGCGGUGACGAGUCUCUGGCCGGCGACGGCGAUUGAGAGUGCGGCGACGAAGAAUCUAGCAAGGGAUGAGGCGCGGGAGUUGAGGACGCCGGGCAUUUUUUCGGAUGCGGUCAGGGAGAUUGUGAAGGCGCCUGUUGAGCAGGUUAAUGGGCGGUUGUUGCUUGAUGAGGAUUUUCUGAGGGAGAGGGGGGUCACGGAGUUUGAGCGGUAUAGUGUUGUGCCGGGCAGUAGGCCGAGGAGGAUUAUGCCGGAGGUGUUUCCGGAUUUGAGGGUUAAGGAGCAGGAUGAUGAGGGGAAGAGGAUGGAUAGUACGGUUUUGAGGGCUGCGGCGAAGUUGUGA